AUGAAUACAGGUCUGGAUAAACUGGUGGAAGCCAGUGCAUCAGUGGCUGAACUGUCAAAAGAACUUGUGGUAAAAGAGAAAGAACUCGCUGUUGCGUCUGUGAAAGCUGACAAGGUAAUGCUCAUAACGAGCAACUGCCUUGAUUGUAAAUUUUACCCACCAAUUAUGAACUCUUUUAAAUGUGCCCAUGCAAUCCAAAUGAAAUUGGAAUUUGGAAGGGUUGGUCUUUGAUUGGAAGGGGAAACCGGAGAACCUGGUGAAAACCUGUCUUAGUAUGGAGAGAGAGCCAACAACAAACUCAACCCACAAAUGGCGUAGACUCCGGGAUUCGAACCCGGGAGAAAAGUGCUCUCACCACUGCUCCCCCUUGCUCCCCCGACCGUGGCAUAAAGUUGGAAUGACUCUUACGCAUUCUGUGUUUGCGCAAAGACAUUUGAAAAAGCAAUUUGAGCGAAUGUAAGUUGUGCGAAAAUUACGGUAUUGGAGCCUAAGAGAAAGGCAAAGCAAAGUAAUAAUGGCCUGGGGUUCUCAUUCAACAGUUGUGACUAGAUUAUAACGCGCUAUCUUCAGCAGAAGUAAGUACCCAAAAAUUUCGGGGUGUGGCUACGCCCAAGCACUAUGCACCAGGAACGUUAUUACGCAACUGAUUGGAGAGUGUACAGAAUAAUUAACAUUUUUGUUUUAUUUAGGUGCUGGCGGAAGUGACGGUCAGUGCCCAAGCUGCCGAGAAAGUUAAGGCAUCUGUACAGAAAGUUAAGGAUAAAGCCCAAGCCAUAGUGGACGAAAUUGAGGUCAGGUUUAGCUUAACGGUAAAUAUCCACGAAUUUUCUCCAUGACUAACAAGGUGUGUGAACAUUUCUAGGCUGACAAAGCAGUUGCGGAGAAGAAGCUAUCAGCCGCUAAACCAGCUCUGGAGGAGGCAGAGGCAGCUCUUCAGGUUUUUACAAAUUUUGUCCAAUAUUGUUUUAUCGUCAUCAUCAUCAUCAUCAUCAUCAUCAUCAUCAUCAUCAUCAUCAUUAUUGGUAGUAUUAUCAUUGUCAUCAUUAUUAUCAUCGUCAUAAUCAUCUUCGUUAUCAUCAUCAUUAUCUUUAUCAUUAUCAUUAUUAUCAUAAUUUUUAGUACCGUUAUUGUUUUUUAAAAAAAGAACCUCUCUCGCAUUUCAGUUCAGGGAACUCACACACAGCGACACAAUGUUGAGUGUUUUCAAUUGAUAGACAUUUUCAUACAAAUCCAACUGUUGAAUCUCUGAUAGAAUCUCUGUUUACAGAAAUGCGAGAAAGGUGGAUACAAAAUUACAGCCUGAUUCACAAACUCUUGACUAUGUCCAAGUGAUUUCUAAUGCUUGAUAAGCUGCAUGUUAUUUCGUAUUUUGCACUCAUUAGACAAUUAAAGCCGCAGACAUCUCGACGGUCCGAAAGCUGGCUAAGCCACCUCAUCUGAUCAUGCGCAUUAUGGAUUGUGUGCUGUUACUAUUCAGACGAACUAUUUCCCCGGUCAUUUACGAUGCGGAAAGGGAAUGUGUGACUCCGAGUUGGGGAGAGUCGCUUAAGGUAACUAUGGCAACGCCUUUGGCAAAUUGAAAGCGCUAUUACGGUUGAUCUCAAAUGGUGACCAUGAGGAGUUGCUAGGCGACAUCGAAAAAUCAAAGUACCCCGUACUGAAGUUUUUGUCUUCACAAACACCAAACGAGGGCGAGGGUUGUUAUUUCAAACCUUAGAGAAGUUAUCAGUUGCUGUGUGACAUACCACGAAUCUCUCCCUGGUUCACCCAAGAAUUUGCAAAAAGACAUGGCGGACACAAAUGCAGCAAUCCGUUUAAUAAGAUGGUACAUUGAAAAAUCGAUAUGCCUAUCACUUGACCUAAUCUUACUGUAGAUGGCUUUUGAGGACGAGAAAAUGUUGAAGUUUUACCGGUUCAGAUACCUUAGAGUAACCAACCCUAGCAACCAUAAAAACCCCCUUUAAAGUUAGCAAUGUACCGGUUCCAUGAGACGCCCGAAAGAACUUUUUGCGUCAUCAGACAAAUGCGCUUAUUACGCAAAAAUACGCCCUGAAAUGAACACUGAUAACUUUCCGUUUAAUCUUUUAGUAAAGGAGCAUAAUGUCAAAGCGUUAGGAAGUUACAGCGCCUUUUUUCCUCACUGUAUCUAAAAGCCGUAUUUUUCCGCACAGCUCAUGAGCCAAGGAGGGUUUCUUCAGAAUCUGGUGAAUUUUCCCAAGGACACAAUCAACGAGGAAGCCGUCGAAUUGUUACAGCCAUACCUACAGAUGGAAGACUACAACCUAGCUACCGCCAAAAAGGUUUUUAACAUUUCUAUUUUACAAAAUUGUUCCAUUUCUACAAAACCGCCGCCUGACCGGACCAACACUCAAGGUCUUUUUAAAAAUAACCGAGGAGAAAGUGCUGCCUUUCCAACGACAUCUGCAAACGGUUAGACUUUCUAGUCUUCUCGGAUAAGGACAUCUGGUUCUUGUGGGACGUAAAAGAACCUACACCGCUG